UCUUUUUGACAGCCCACCUCAUCUUUAGGCACUUCGACCAAAACUGGUACUCAAAACAAAUUCGACAAGUAGCGCUAGGAAAAAUAUCUCUAGUCCCUGUUUUGGUGUAUAUUAUCAAUCAAUUUGCCAGAUAACACUUGUAUCCGUGCCGUGGUAAAAGAAAACGACGCAUUUUAACACGACGGCUAGUGGACCACACAGUGCCACUACAGAAUAUCACUGAUAAAUAUGAUUGUUUAAACGAAAUUUCACCCCAGCCUUCGUGCGGAUAGGAAUUGAUUAGGAAAUAUUGACCUUCAGUGAAACGAUUUGUGAGAGUACAGUAAAAAGUGGUCCGAAGUGAGUGAAUUUUCCCAAUUGCCUUGAAAAGCAAACAACAGCACCGCUUGUGGGAAGAGGCGGUUGGAGGUGGCAAUCGACGCAUUUGCACACUUGCAUAACGACGACAACGAUAUCGCAAGCGCUCCCGGAGCGCAACGGUGGUGGUGGUGGCGCACGGAAACGGAUUAAGGCACCAGCUCACGGUAGCGGAUUCGAUAAAAUCGAUGGCUUUAGAUUUGCUUGGUCGUCAGAAAAUGCCAUUGGAUGGAUCCUCGUCGAAGCAACCUGCGGUCGCCUCUUCCUCGGUUAGUGGAGGUGCCACCGGAGUUAGUACCACUGCAUCCGGCGGUCCCCUGAACCCUGGAGUCGCUGGGGUUGGCGUAGGAGGAAGUGCCACUGGAACGGUAGUAGCUGGUACGACGGCCGGUGGUGUCAGUGGAGCAUCAGUUAUGGGCAAACAGCUGACUGCGAAACGCUCGUUAAAGCUUGGCAGUCUGGCCGAAGACAUCAUGCCUGGAUCCCUGGGAGGUGGCGACGAACCGUUCCGAGCUCGGCUGCAUCAUCUGUUUUCGCAGAUCGAAAAGGAGUUUGAACUGUUGCAUGUGGAAAACAUGAGCUUACGCGAAAAGUUGGAAGCUGUCGCCGGAACUCCGCGCGAUUCAACCGUGGGUGAGAGACUCCCGCUGCAGGACGCAUUUGAGGUGGAUGGAUCGGUAAACAAGAGCUUCAAAUCGAAGCUUGGCAGUGCAGGCAGCAAAGUGAAGGCCGGCCACAAGCUCCGGGCACAGACGAGUCGCAUCGUGUCAAGCUUCAAGGCCCAGUCCGUCGUCAGUUCGCUGGUGCGCGAAUUUUGUGGUCACAAGGACGGUGUCUGGCAGGUCAGCACGAAAGCCGGCCAACCCAUCAUCGGUACUGCUUCGGCCGAUCACAGUGCGUGCAUUUGGGGCAUCGAUACGGGGCGUUGUUUACUGCAGUACCAGGGCCACAGUGGAUCGGUCAACUCGAUCAAGUUUCAUCCGACGCGUGACAUUGUGCUAACGGGCAGUGGGGAUGCCACCGCUCAAAUAUGGCAGGCUGCCGUGAACUGGGAGGUACCGGCACGAAAGGGUCAUUCCUCGGAGGAGGAACUCGAAGAAGAGGAGGAAGGACCGUACGAGGAGAAGGAAAGGAUCGAUGUAUUGCGGACGCCGUUGUGCGAAUUUUCCGGUCCCGGAGGACACACGGCGGUGGUGGUGGCAGCCGACUGGCUACCCGGCGGUGAUCAAGUCAUAACGGCCAGCUGGGAUCGGACAGCGAUUCUGUGGGACGUGGAAACCCGAGAACCAUUGCAUCCACUAUGUGGUCACGAUCACGAACUGACCCACGCGUCGGCCCAUCCGAGUCAACGGCUUGUGGUGACAGCUUCACGCGAUUCCACCUUCCGACUGUGGGAUUUCCGUGACCCCAUUCCGGCGGUUUCAGUUUUCCAAGGGCACACCGAAAACGUAACCUCAACAGUAUUUACGCGAGAUGAUAAGGUAGUCUCCGGGUCUGAUGAUCGCUCAGUGAAGGUAUGGGAGCUGCGUAACAUGCGUUCUGCACUGACCACCAUCCGCACGGACUCUGCCGUAAAUCGGUUGGCCGUGUCGGCCAGCGGUGUGAUCGCCAUCCCGCACGAUAAUCGCCAUAUUCGGUUGUUCGAUUUGAACGGACAGCGCAUUGCGCGGCUACCACGCACGAGCCGUCAGGGCCAUCGACGUAUGGUGUCCGCAGUCGCCUGGACCGAAGAUAUCAGCUCAAACUGCAAUCUCUUUUCGAGCGGUUUCGAUCGGCGAGUGUUGGGCUGGGGCGUUUGCUUGCCACCCAAGGACAACUGAGCAGCUUAUUCAUAUGCAUAUGCAGGUAAAGGAGGUAGAGGAUCGGAGAUGCGGAGAUGGAACCACAGAUCGUUUUUCGUUGUUUCGUUCGUUACAUUGUUUUAGUUGUAUUGAUAAUGGUUGUUUGUUUUUUUUGUUUCGUUGCGCGUAGCAUUGCCACCAACUACUUAGUCAUUAGAGUACACGGUACAGUAAGCUUCCCAGUGAUGCUACGUAAGACGAUGGAAUUGUUGCAUCGGAAUCAGAAUUCCGAUCGAAACACGCUAGUGAAAGUAAUUAUUCUGCUACAUGUUCUUGGCUCAACGACCAUACGCGUUCUAGUGGACUUUCACUUUUCUUUAUUAUCUUAAAUAUGUUGAAUUUCCGAGGGUAUUAUUUGCUCCACCAUAUCAUUGGAAUACCUUUGAACUGUUUUGGGUAUACUUAUUGAGCUUAAUCAGAAUCCUGCCGGUUAGCAAACGGGAAGAAUCUCAUUUACAUUCAGGGUAUGGUUUUACAUGGUUUCAGGUAUUUUCUAUAUGCACAGUACAUUUUUCGAUGUAAGUAUUUACGUUAUGUUACCACUACACCACGAAAUUAAUUAGAUUUUUUGAAUUCUGGAUGCAAAAUAGACACAAUUGCCACUCUUGAGCAAUAUAUCAACAUCCUACUUUUCCGCACCUGACUAAAGGUGUAGGAGACAACACUAAACAUGAUUCAAAUACUGUCAAUAUACAGUCACUAGCGGCACCUCACGGAAAUGGAAGUGAAUUCUAACGUCCCAGCAAUAUUUUAACUAGUUUCAGUUUGGAUUAAACAGAUUUGGGCCGUUCAAGGGUACGGGUUAGUAGAGUGUAAAGGAAGAACGUGUAUUAUCACCUAGAACGAUAAGGAAGGAUAGAAAACAGAAAUGUAGAACUGCAUAAUUGCAACAAUGAACAAAACAUCACAGUCCUGUUACGGGCAAUGGACGACAGUGUACACACACUGAAGUCCAUUAUUUUAAACGCUUACACGUUUCAAAGAUUUAUUGAUGAUUAGAUGGACGGAUGGUUGGUUAACGUUGUGCAGAACAUUUGUGUGUGUAAUCGAGACGAGAAGCAAAAUACCAAAUGUAUGUACGAACGCACGGCUGGUACUCAAUUCGAAUGUAAUAUUGUGAUGUAAACAGAGAUAAACCAUACACACAAACACAACUGGAGAAAGGAAACACUACUAUCAACUAACAAA